GGAGGGGGCGGGUCUAUAAAACCCGGAAACACAGCACAACAACCUGCCGGAGUGAGAGCAGUGGUGCAGGAUGUAGAGAGAGGGGGAUUUAAGGGGUUUUCAGGCGGAGGACGGAUUUUUACUCCCUGUGUAGCUGCAGGAUGCUCUCCUCCACUCACGCAUGGCUGUCUGUCCUGCUUUUACACUUUAUGGAAACGGGAAUAUUAGCCAAAGGGAAGUUCAAUGUGCUCUACCUCAUAGCUGAUGAUCUGAGGCCAGCCUUGGGCUGCUACUCUGAUCCAGUGGUAAAGUCUCCAAAUAUUGACCAGCUUGCCUCUAAAAGCACAGUGUUCUUCAAUGCUUGGGCACAGCAAGCAGUAUGUGGACCCAGUAGGACCUCUUUUCUAACAAGCCGAAGACCAGACACCACCAAACUGUAUGACUUCAAGUCCUACUGGAGAGUCAGUGCUGGAAACUACACCACACUCCCACAGUAUUUCAAAACAAACGGGUACACCACCUUGUCUGUGGGGAAGGUUUUUCAUCCAGGCAUCGCCUCCAAUCACACGGAUGAUUACCCAUACAGCUGGUCUGUACCGCCGUAUCAUCCACCCUCUUUCAGCUAUGAAAAGAGGAAGGUCUGUAAAGAUAAAGAUGGAACACUCCACAGUAACCUGCUAUGCCCAGUGAAUGUGUCUGAGAUGCCGCUGGGAACGCUGCCUGACCUGGAGAACACAGCAGAGGCAAUAAAGCUGCUCAAGUCUAUGAGGGAUACUGAAACUCCAUUCUUUCUAGCAGUGGGCUUCUACAAACCUCACAUUCCCUUCAGAAUUCCACAGGAAUACCUCAAGCUUUACCCUAUUGAGAACAUGACACUGGCUCCAGACCCAGAAGUUCCUAAGAAGCUUCCAGAUGUGGCCUACAACCCGUGGAUGGACAUCCGGAAGAGAGAGGACGUCCAGGCUCUCAAUAUAAGCUUCCCGUAUGGACCAAUCCCUAAAGACUUCCAGCUCCGCAUCAGACAACACUAUUUUGCCUCUGUGUCGUAUGUGGAUGCACAGGUUGGAAAGAUCCUUCAGGCUCUGGAUGAUCUGGGCUUGUCUGAGAACACCAUUGUGGUAUUCACGUCUGAUCAUGGAUGGUCCCUCGGUGAGCACGGGGAAUGGGCCAAGUACAGCAACUUUGAUGUGGCCACCCGUGUGCCAUUAAUAGUGUACGGGCCAGGUGUGACCUCCCCUCUACCUCGGCCCGGGGAGAAGACUUUCUCCUUCGUGGACGUGUUUGAAAGCACACAGGAGCAGUUUGGCAAAGGCUACGAGAUGCGCAGCAUGGUGGAACUGGUUGAUGUCUUCCCUACUCUGGCCGCCCUGGCUGGUUUACCUCUGCCUCGACGCUGCCCCUCUCCCUCCUUCAAGGUCCAGCUCUGCACGGAGGGCUAUAACCUGGUCCGAAUGCUGGGCCGACGUGAGUGGGUGACCAACCACCAAGCCUUUGCCUUCAGCCAGUAUCCAAGGCCUUCUGACACCAUCCAGGAAAACUCAGACCUCCCCGACCUGGCCGACAUCCGGGUCAUGGGCUACUCUGUGCGCUCCGACAUCUACCGCUACACUGUGUGGGUGGGCUUUGACCCCGUCCAUUUCCAGGCCAAUCUGACGGACAUUCACGCGGGCGAGCUCUACGUCCUCACCGACGAUCCCGGCCAAGACCACAACAUUUUUGACGAGUUUACUCACGGCCGUGUGCUGCUGAAGCUCGGCAUUCAGCCCGGGUGGACCGAGAGCCUAAAGCAGCACUUGAUAUAUUUUAGAGAAGAAUUUAAAUCAAAAUGGACUCUUUGAUCUUUUUUUUUUCUUCUUUCAUUGAAUUGUAGCAAAAAAAAGACUGUAGCACAAUGAAAAAGGGAAAAUUCAAGUACAUGACUUUUGUUAUUCCGCCUUGGUUGCAGUGAUCUGAAGCAGCAGCAGUUCCAGUGCCACAUUUUGCAUCACCCUUGCAAUUACCUUGUGUGCAUUAUGCCUCAGUAGAUUUUUUUUUUCUUUCAGCUUUCUUUUUAAAAAUGACCCACAGCACUUUUGUUAAUGCUUGUUACAAUGAGUUCUUGGCUAGUUACAGUUUAGAAAAAGGGACUUUUGUACUUUUUUUAAAGGGAAGGAUACCUCACAAUUAGGUCUGCACGAUAUAUCGUUUCAGUAUCGCAAUCACAUGUGGACACACGCAGUAGGCACCUCACAGGACAUGCAUUAUAAUAUAUAAGGCAAAUUGUAUUAAAUGUUACAGAUUUUUUUGCUUCUUGAUGCAAAAUGCAUCUGCACUGUUAAAUGAUUAGAUCUCUUUUGCGGUAUGCAAAUCUGACACCACAAUUGUAUCUGCAUGGGUUACUAUGGUAUCGAGGGAAGGAUUGGCAUCAUUAUCUAACCUUUGGUGGUGUUCUUUGACCCCCCUACUUCUUUCUUGUUGUUCGUCACGUUCUGGAAAAUGCUAAAGACCUGAUUUGAAAAUCCGAUUUGAUCAGCCAGAGUGUUCAGACCUGAGAUGCAUUGAUUAUAAUCAGAUUUCAAACAACAUCCAAAUGUGUUUUCGAUCUAAAUUGGCAAAUAACUGAUUUCAAAUGGUUUCUGGUUGCCCAGAGUAGGGCUGUAAGAUCCAUCAUAUUUUUAUCAUCAUCAAUAACAGCAAACUUAUAUGGAAUUACCUGCAUUUAGGGUGUUCUCUGCAGGCCGUGAUCAUGUGACAUAUCUAGGCUGGAUGUAGAGUGAGGUUAAGGUCCACAGUAACCACUACACCAAACUACUUUUUAGACAGAGAAAAAGUAGUGCAGCCAAGCGCAGUGCUAAAAAUUUUUAAAUUCAUUUAGGAAACAAUUUGAAUUUUAUUGCAUUUUGCAUCAAUAUCACAAUAUCACACAGCAUUAUUGCACAUUCCAAGCAUAAAGCUUUAGUUUGGACUAUCACAAACGAAUCUAAGUACAGUCUAGAAAUGCAUAAAAUCCGAUUUAAUGUGGCCUCUGGCUGUCCAGACUAGGGAUACCAAUAAUCGUAUUUGUAUGGUCAUUGGGACAUGAGUUUUCACAAUAAACACCUCAGAAAUUAUUUUCACAUAUAAUUUUAGAAUUCCCAACAGCAUUAUUGCACAUCACAUUUUUGUACAUAUUUUUGACCCUUAGUACAAACUAUGGAUACAAUUUAGAUAUGCCAAAAAUCAUACUGUAACACAGUCUAAUAGAGGAAGUAAUGAGAAUGGGACAUCCAUUUAGCUCGCCUCCCUGUCCAUUUCGUAAUGUGUUGUUGAACACGGAGUGGAAUAAUGUUAAGCAGAAGAAAGGGGAGAAAAAAAAGCCAAAAUAAGUUUCGUUUAGGGAUGGAAAGCUGUGCUCAGACAACGCUGUGAUUUGGCAAUUUAUCAGGUCACUAAGUCGUAAUUGUAUUUUCUCUCGGAAGCCAGUGGAGAUUUUUGCAGUGUUAGACUCUUGUUUUCUGAGGCACUGUGAUGAAAAUCAACUUAAAUAUAGAAUUCCGAGCGCCGCUCUCCCGCGGCGGAGUUGCCAAGGCAAUUAGAUGUUUAAAAGUGAAAACUUGCAAAUUACGUUGCUCGGAUACACCUCAGAGAAUAGUUUAACAAUGAUGAAUGUUUUGGCCAAUAUCAGGAAUAGAAGGGGAAUGAUUAUUCAGGUGUGACUGUAGCAUCCUACUGUUAAAUUAGCCUCGCUCGUCGCUUCACACUCGCUCACCCUGGGCCCCCUUGCUCCCUGGGCUCUUCUCUGGCUUUUUAAAGACCUUCCUUGCCUUCCGUCCUCUUUUCAGGUUUUGUUUUUUCCCUACUUCCCUCCUUUUCACACUAUCGUUUUGGAUGCCACACUGUUUACUCCCACAAAGUAUAAAUUAUUUUUGAGGGAAGCUAUUCAAUAUUUAUGUGGAAGCAAAUAAAAAUAUAUUUAUAUCUAUAAUUUUUUUUUUCUUUUCUCCUAUCUGAAGCACAGAGGCUGUCUGCGUGUGUCUGCCUCCCACCUUUCCUCCCAAAUAUAUUCUUAUAAAUGUGCAGCACGAGCGUUCUACUGGGGGUGAUCCUCAGGGAGCGCCAAUGCAUUCGGCUCCAGCAGACAGGCUUCAUUGCCAGCUGGUCCGGAAAAUUCCACUGCUGUCUCUCUGGCUCUAUCGCUCUCUUUUCCUUUUUUUCUCCACCCCUUUCUUGUCAUCUAAAAGCAAGGUUAGGGCAGCCUGAGAUGGAUCCAGUGUGGAAGCUGAUUGAAGAUGAUUUUUUUAACCACACGCACUAAAUUAGCUUUGCACAUGCUUCCUGAAAAACUACUGAUACACUGCUUUAGCGUUUUAUAUAUAAAAAAUAAAUAAAAACAAAAUGAUAUUUAAGGAUUUAAGGGAAUUUAUCAAGUCUUACCAACUAAAUCAACCUCACUUUUGCACAAUUUUGUUCCAGUUUGUAAAUAUUGUUGAAGAAAUCAAUAAAAUAAAACCAAAUUCUCUUGUA